CUCUAGUCUGGAAGGAUGUUUGAGGGUCUGCCAAGCCUAGGUUUCAGCCAACAGCUGCGCCUCGAAUGCGGCGCACGCCCCAAUUGACACAACGCUGAUCAGUCAACACAUCUCUUGGAACCAUCUUCUUCCUUCCCCAACUUUUACUCCCCCAUUAGUGUCAACAAAAAAGACUGUGAUCUGCCGGUCAACACGCAUCACUCAUAAUGGGCAAAGCAACUGCCCAUUCCCGAGGCCCUCCUGCCUACAGAGACGAGCCCGAUCAUGCCGAGACAGCUUCGAUGGCCUCCGCAGUCCUCCUCGACGACGUCGAUUCUUUCCCCGACGAAGAACUCCCAUCCUACACCGACACACCAGCAGAAUCACAUACAUCGGCCACACCUAGUAUCUCUCUGAGUGCCAGCCAAUUCUACGAACAACCACCGGAACCUCCCUUCUCCUCUCACGACCUCAAUUACAGCGAAUACCGCACGCGCUUCCUCAACUACUCUACCGAAGUCUCCACACUCUCAAUCUUCAUCAAGCAACAGCUGCAAUACCCCGCCUCCUACUUCGUGCAACUCUGCGGCACACAUACCGAAACCCGACGAAAUGGAAACAAAGAGACGAAAGACAAUAUCACCGACUUCUACAUCAGAAUAAAUCUCACCUAUCUCCUUGGCCCCUGGGGUUCAGGAUCCAUUGAGUUCCUCCCCGACAACAAACGUGGAUACCGUGGAACCAUAAUCCCCCGCCUCCCACCCAGCAAAGGCAUCUCCCUCGACGAAGAAAUCGGAGAAGAUGAAUUAUCAACAUGGUGCAAGAAAUAUGUCUCCGAUCCCUCGAAAAUAAAAUCCUUCACUCUCAAACGAGAAAUCCAACAUCACGACACGAAGAAACUAGAGCAUUUACUCCGUUCCGCGAUUGCAGAGACGAAUUACCGCGGACAAGUCUCCAUCGAGUUUCUCAAGCAACAUGAACGAGUUGUAAUCUACUCCCCAGGAACGAUAAAUCAAUGGCGCAUGACAGUGUGGAUCAGAUGGAUCUUCUACCUAACGUUCCUAUGGAUUUUCGCCUGGCCCGUCCUGUUCUUCCUCACCUCCCGGUACGAAGUUGUCAAAGGAAUAUUCCAAUACGCAGACUGUCCUCCGAAUACAAAUCCCAACAGGAAGCCGACCGUGAUGAGUGAAGUAGCUUGGUUCCAUCGGUGGGAAUCCGCAAUCAAGAGGGCUGCACUGGCGAGAAUGGUUAAUAAGGAUGGGGCAUGUUUGGAUGAGGAGUAUAGGGAGGCCACGGAAAGAGCGGAUGCUAGGGGAGAGGCAGUUGGCAGGACGCCAGAGAUUCCGAGGACGGGGAAUGCGUUUGCAGAUGGAGCUUUAGGGUUGAUUGGGCAGGGGCUAAGGGUUGCGGAAGGGUUUUCUGCGCAGAGGGGGUGGGGUGGGGAUUGUUAGGAGACGGUGACUCCUAUGUUUCUUUGGUGAGAUAUCCUCUAUUGCUUUUGGAGUCUGGAUGUUAUAGGGAUAAUAGCCGGUAUGUUUUUU